AUGUACCUACUGAAACGGAAGCUACGACAUCUUAACGCCAUUUCGGUAUACAACGUUUCCAUUGUCAGAGAUCCGGCAACGUCAGAAGACGUGGUUAGAACGAUACCCAACAUCUUUGUGGUGAUUGAGGAUAUGAAAGAAACGUGUCUGUACGCGAGUGAAAUACAACCAGGAUCUCGAUUCUGCACGCAGUUCAACGAAAUGCCACAUUUACCGUAUACCCUAUCAAAAAUCAGACUGAAAAUCAUUGGCCAAGUGCCAGAAACUCUUCUCAGGCAAACUCAAGAUCCUGUCUGGACGCUUUUAGCCAGCUACGUUCUUGACUUCGCCCACUUGAGUCCCGUACUGGCCGCUGAUGCGACACAGAGUCCUAAACAUGGGAUAAAUGUACCAGUCUUGCAUUUUGCAGACGGUUCUUUCAGCAUACAGGGAGAAUUUGUUCAAGGACAGUCUACAACGAACCUGGUGGGAGAGCGCUACGUCAAGAGUUUCAGCUUUAAUGGUGCUCUUAAAUUGAACAAAUUGAUGGAGUACUGCACCCAACUCCAAGCAGAUCUUGACGAACUAUCUCAUAAGAUUGAUACUGCAGUAAUUGAGCUUCCAAAACCAAUUCAAAAAGGCUUUCUGAUAAGCGCACAGAAGCAGUUGGAAAGUGAAGUCAGAUCACGAAAGGAGAAAGCAAAAUUACUAGAGGCUAUGUGUGCUGCAGAACCUUUCUCUCUGCCCGAAUCAACGGAAGAAACUCGAACUAAGGAAGAAUAUGGGUCCAUAUACUCAGAGUAUACAAACAUACUUCACGACUUGCGAUUAUUUGAAGCCCAAAAAAUUGGACAGCUCCUGGUGGCAUUGUACAAGACGGGGCUAUGUGCACCAGAUGGGUUCAUCACACCUCAUAGCAAGGGUGAGUCUGUUUACAACAUACAACUAAAAAAGGUCGACAGCUCCGCGAUACUAAACCGUGCUGAUCGUUUGUCCAGUAAUACAUUACUUGGCUACUACUUGCUCUUCGUUCAGGUUUUAGCAAGUAGAAUUCUAUACCUGCCUCUUCCUCAUCAUCUUUCGUUCUAUGGGAGUACAUCUGUCAUUGACAACAAAUUACCGUUGUACCUGAAUAUGUCGAGUACACAGCAACAUAUUUCUGACUUCGAAAGAGCCCUCGAUUGUUUUAAUCUGGACGUUAUGCAAGUUAGCCAGUUCUUGGAACGCCAUCGUUGA